GCGGAAGCGGCUGCUCAAAGAGGCAGACAUGGCCACAGUGGAAUUCGAGACCAGCGAGGAGGUGGACGUGACCCCCACGUUCGACACUAUGGGCCUGCGGGAGGACCUGCUGCGCGGCAUCUACGCCUACGGGUUUGAAAACCCUUCAGCGAUCCAACAGCGAGCUACCAAGCAGAUAAUUAAAGGGAGAGAUGUCAUCGCACAGUCUCAGUCUGGCACAGGUAAAACAGCCACCUUCACUAUUUCAGUCCUUCAGUGCUUGGAUAUUCAGGUUCGUGAAGCCCAGGCUCUGAUCUUGGCCCCCACGCGAGAGCUGGCCGUGCAGAUCCAGAAGGGCCUGCUUGCUCUCGGCGACUACAUGAACGUCCAGUGCCACGCCUGCAUGGGGGGCACCAAUGUGGCCGAGGACAUCAGGAGGCUGGAUUACGGACAGCACGUCGUCUCAGGCACACCAGGGCGCGUCUUCGAUAUGAUUCGUAGAGGAAGUUUAAGGACACGAGCUAUCAAGAUGUUGGUUUUGGAUGAGGCUGACGAAAUGUUGAAUAAAGGGUUCAAAGACCAGAUUUAUGACGUGUACAGGUACCUGCCUCCGGCCACACAGGUGGUCCUUAUCAGUGCCACGCUGCCCCAGGAAAUCCUGGAAAUGACCACCAAGUUCAUGACGGACCCCAUCCGAAUCCGGCUAAAACGUGAUGAGUUGACUCUGGAAGGCGUCAGACAGUUUUUUGUGGCAGUGGAAAGAGAAGAGUGGAAGUUUGACACCCUGUGUGAUCUCUACGACACACUGACCAUCACGCAGGCGGUCAUCUUCUGUAACACCAGGAGGAAGGUUGACUGGCUGGCAGAGAAGAUGAGAGAAGCCAACUUCACCGUGUGCUCGAUGCACGGAGACAUGCCGCAGAAGGAGCGCGAGCGCAUCGCGAAGGAGUUCCGGGCCGGCGCCAGCCGAGUGCUCAUCUCCACAGACGUCUGGGCCAGGGGCUUGGAUGUCCCGCAGGUGUCCCUCAUCAUUAACUACGACCUGCCCAAUAGCAGAGAGUUGUACAUACACAGAAUUGGGAGGUCAGGUCGAUAUGGUCGAAAGGGUGUGGCCAUCAAUUUUGUAAAGAACGACGACAUCCGCAUCCUCCGAGAUCUUGAACAGUACUACUCCACUCAGAUUGAUGAAAUGCCUGUGAACGUUGCCGAUCUGCUCUGAAGAAACAGUCCCACUGCGCUGUAGAUGGGUUGGAGGUGGUUCACACUUUGUAGUCCUGGGUUGAGGGAAAGAUGGUAAUAAUGAGGCUUCUUAAUCAGCGAGCAUGUACCUCGGGCAUAGCAGCAGCCGGGGACUUCAUUUAUCAUCAUAGGACUUGAUUGCUUUGAAACCCAGAAGACCAGGGAACGUGGCAGGAAAGAAGGGUUCUUUGCCGCCGUGCUUGCUGUAACACCAAGAACACUGCCUGCCUGCCCGGGGUGAGUUUCAGGAUGUCGGGAUCCCUUUUGUUGACUCACAAUUUAUCGCACUAAUUUAUCAUGUCAGGACCUCAUUCUUACUUCUCUCCUCGCCUGGGCUCCAAGUGCCCCGCUGAGCUGAUGGAAGUGACUCUGCACCCCCUCAACACGCUGGCCACAGGAGGCCACACGUCACAGCUUUGACCCAGGGCUGGCAGGAGUUGCGAGCUCAUCACAUUCUCAUCAAUGUGGAGGACACUGACAUGCCAGAGUGGCGCUGAUCCUCUGGUCGGCGUUUGAUGUGGGGCACUGCUCUCUGUCCCCUCUGUGGUCAGUCAUUUGUCAUCCCUCUGUGGAGCCUGUGCUUUGGGAACUUCUAAGUGCUGCCCCUCCCGGGAAAAGGGCUCUCUGACAAGAGCCUGGGCGUUGGCUGUGUUAUGCUGUGACUGAUAAAGGAGACAUAGAUUUUUAAGCUGUAGGAGAAGGAUUUGGUGCGGUGGGAUUCUGAGGGCUGGGUUUGGCCUUGUCUUCUGAAAGCUGAAAAGGUUCGCUGGUUUGCCGCAAGGCCGGUGUGGACGGAAGGCCACGUUCCCACCUUGCGGUGGGUGUGGGCUGCGAGAAGCCCGCAGUCUAGGCUGAGGUGUUCUCCAGGAAGCAGAUCUGCAUCUGCUCAACCUCUGCGUCCUGGGGAAAGAUGGCUUCAUAAUGGAUGUGC